AUGACGGGGAUCGCGUCUCCCGGACCAACGCAGACAACCCCAGGUCCUGACGAGGCUUCCGCCAGCCAAAAUGGCCACCUCGACGCGCAAAUCUCAUCGCCAAAACCCCUGGAAGCCAACGGGAUCGAGGACGAGGCCGAGGUCGAACCACCACAGUUAUUAAAUUCUCCCGAGAUAACCAAGGCUGCCCCAGACCGUGUCAGCCCCGAGCCCAAGGCCGAGUCCGACCACCAUGAUGACGAACCCCAGACCAAUGGCCAUGCCCACCACGAUGAAUCCGAAGAUGACGGGCGACCUUCCAAGAGGCGCCGAGUGCAGGACCCGACUACACCUCCCAAGCCCACCACGCCUCGUCGUCCCAAGCCUAUAUCUCCGCCAUGGAAGAGGAUCGAGGCCGAAGGCCCCACGUCUUUCACCGAGGGCGGCAGGCGGAAGUCUGGCCGCAUCAACACAGUCCCCCUGGAAAUGCAAAGCAGCGCGAAGCGGAUAACGCGUCGGGCCCUGCACGGCACAAAGGGCGAAGACGUGAAGGCCAAGCCGGCCGCUGCCCAACCGCCCCCUCGCGGUGCUAACACAGCUACAGCUGCCUCGCGACGGCCAGCCUCUGCCGGCAAGGCGGCAGCCGCAAAGAGCGCUCCGCCUACCAGGACAUCUUCACGCCGCGCACCGCCACCACCACCGCCCCCUCAAGAAACCAAAUAUACCUCUCGAACGCGACGACGGUCACCCCCACCCCCGCCCCCUACGACUUCUCCACGAGCAGGCACGCGACGGAGCUCCCGCCAGACACGCGACCAUGCCACGCCCGCCCAGUCGUCGUCACGGCACGAGCUUAAGGAGGAGGUGCCGACGCGCAUGACUCCCCGGAUCAAGUUGCGGUUUAGAUCAUCGACAAUCCCUCUCAUCCACCCGGACCAAGCGAAAGUAAAGCCCAAGAUCGGGCCUUCCUUCGAGGAAUACUUCGAGACCGCGGGAGAUGUCCCGGUGGAGGAGGGCGGCCUUAUGGCCUCCGAGGAUGGCCCGCGUAUCACGGACGAGGUCGCCGUGGAGGAGGCGGCCAUUAUGACGCGUAUUGAGCAGGAGGCGGAGGAGGGCGGUAUCUUGGCUGUGGGGAAAUGCUCUGCCUUUGCACCCGAGCCCGUGGAGGAGCCACCGCGACAAUGGGCACACAUGGACCACCUUGUCAAGGCCAUGGCCAACUUCAGGAGGCUGCUGCUGAUCGAGCAGAACCGCCACCGUGCAACGGCAAAGAAGCUUGCCGAGGCCUGCCGCGAAGAAUGGAGGAGGAGGCAGCCAAAGACCCAAGAAGAGAUCGAGGAAGAGGCGCGUCGCCUCUGGCAAGGCCGGUACCGCCUUGUCGCCAAGGCCAUGUUUGGCACUUGGGAGAACGUCAAGGCCGAGAUCAACCGCCGCCGCUUGGAGGAAUGGGAGGCAGAGGAGCAGAAGAGAGUGCAAGCAGCGCUGCAGGAGGUUGUUGCCGUCUCUCAACAGAAACUGGCUGCCCGACAGCUUCACCUUGACUCGGAGGACGUUUCUACCAUGGAUGGCUUUGACGAUAUGACCGACGACGAAGACGAGGAUGAAGACUCACUCGUUGCUUCUGACGCAGACAUGGACUCCAAUGCCGAUUCGGACGAUGACGAAGACAACAUGUCCUCCUCGGAGGAUGAGGAGGAUGCCAAGUCAAUGCUCUCUGACGAGGGCCUUACCCAAGAGCAGCUACGCGAGAAGUAUGCAAACCUUCCAAGCCUUGUAAAGGCCGACACGGAGGGCAAUGGCGACGAUGAAGAUGUGGCAGAGGGACAGACUGAGGCUGGGACCGAGGCGGCAGACGACGACACUAGUGAUGAAUCAGUGGAUAUGGACGACGAUAUGGGCUCGACCGACAUGGACAGCGACGAUGGCGAAGAGGGCUCGGACGGUGAUGCGGAGGACUCGGAUUCCGAGUCCGACGCGGGACAGUCUGGCCUCCUUGGGCUUUUCUUUGGCAAGUCAGAGUUGAAGAAGAUGAACGAAGAAGCUCCGGAGGACGCCGACAUGUCAGAAAUACCCGCCGAGGCUGAUGUUGAGAUGCUUGACGCGGAGCCGGCCCAAGAAUCGCAUCCUAGUAACGGGGCUGCCGAAGAGACCCAAGAGUCAGAGCAAAAGCCUUUGGAUGAGACGCAAGCAACUCCUGCGCAUAACGAAACGACACCUGGACAGGUCGCAGCCGCUGAGCAAGCAGCUGAAGUCCCUCUUACGAAUGGCACAGCUGAGUCCGAGACGCACACGCAAGCACAAGCCGAGGAGGUGCGGGAGAAGAAGACCGAGCCGGAAAAGUCCGCGACAGGCGACGAAGAUACCUCUACUCAGACAACACUGCAUCCAGACACCGCUGAGGCGAACGUCGUAGACACUGCGGCGAAGGCCGAUGUAGAUGUGGAGAUGACAGAUGUGAUACCCAAGGAAUCGACACCCGAUGUGCCCGAAGUGGAAGUCACCGCUCCUGCCUCCGAUGCCAAGCAGCACAGUCCCGAGACCGACGCCGUUACCAACGUCGUUAGUCCGGACCGAAGCCCUUCCCCGCGGACCUCCGAUACCAAGCCUUCCGAGGUUGACACGACGUCUUCCGUUGAACUGCUCGGCCCUCCCAAGGAGACGAGUAGGUCUACGUCUCCGCAGGGAUCUGGGCCCAAAACCGAGAUCCCCUUCCUCCUACGUGGGACAUUGCGAGAGUACCAGCACUACGGCUUGGACUGGCUCGCUGGGUUGUAUGCCAACAACACCAACGGUAUCUUGGCCGACGAGAUGGGCCUGGGCAAGACCAUCCAGACCAUCGCCCUGCUGGCUCAUCUUGCGUGUCACCAUGAGGUCUGGGGUCCGCACUUGGUCAUUGUGCCGACCUCUGUCAUGCUCAACUGGGAGAUGGAGUUCAAGAAGUGGUGUCCGGGCUUCAAGAUCCUCACCUACUAUGGCAACCAGGACGAGAGGAAGCGGAAGCGGCAAGGCUGGACAAACGACGAUAUAUGGAACGUGUGCAUUACGUCUUACCAGAUGGUCCUGCAGGAUCAACAGGUCUUCAAGAGGCGCAAGUGGCACUACAUGAUUCUCGACGAGGCGCACAAUAUCAAGAACUUCAAGUCUCAGCGAUGGCAAACGUUGCUGGGAUUCAACACGCACUCCCGGCUCUUGUUGACGGGUACCCCGCUACAAAACAACCUCACAGAGCUGUGGUCGCUUCUGUUCUUCCUCACGCCUUCCGAGGAUGGCGUCGGUGGCUUUGCGGAUCUGCAGGAGUUCCACGAGUGGUUCGGCAAGCCAGAAUCUCAAAUCCUCGAGAGCGGCCGCGAGCAGAUGGACGAGGAAGCGCGCGCGCUGAUUGCCAAGCUGCACCAGGUCCUCCGGCCUUAUCUGCUGCGUCGUCUCAAAGCCGACGUGGAGAAGCAGAUGCCGGCCAAGUACGAGCAUGUCGAGUUCUGCAGACUCUCCAAGCGCCAGCGCGAACUCUACGACGGCUUCCUGUCUCGUACCGAUACGCGCGCGACCCUGGCGUCGGGCAACUACCUGUCCAUCAUCAAUUGCCUGAUGCAGCUUCGCAAGGUCUGCAACCACCCCGAUCUCUUCGUGGACCGGCCAAUCAUGACUUCAUUCCGGAUGGCGAAAUCGGUCGCUGCAGAGUACACCUAUACGGAGCUCGAGGUCCAACGCAGGCUCAAGCCGGACCCGAUGAGCCUCGUCAGUCUUGACUUUUUGAACCUGAUCCCGACCCGGCACGAGGACGUGUCCGAUAUCACCGCCACCGCGAUUUUCCAGCUGAGCUCUGACAGAACUCUGAUGGAUCUCAGGGAGGCACAGCGGGCACGAGCCCAGCAAGCCAACGUUGAGCAUGAUCCUAGAACCGUACGCUCCAACAUGGUGUACCUUGAGAGCGGGGCGAGAUGGAGACGGUUCGAGGAGCUCCAGCACGCCGUCUACCUGAACGCCCUGCGACGCCAACAGCGCCCCAUCUAUGGCAAGAGGCUUCUAGACUUCCUCACCAUUGGCCUCAAUCAGCGACCGUACAAGCCACGCCCCCGCGUCCCUAAGAAGGUCAUGGAGUGGUUUGAGAACGACUCUUUUCUGCUGCGCAAUAUGAUCCCCACCCUCGAGCGCCGCGCCGACUCGAUGGAGAUGAUGAUUACAAAGUUUGCCUGCGCCACCCCUGCGGUGGUCACGCGAGACAUGCACGAACUCAUCUUGGGCCGUAAAGGCGUCGAGGCGUUCCAGGACGACGACCUUAAAUUGGCUGCGCCGGUCAAGUAUGUGCCCUUCAUGGACAAGAAGCGCCUUGCAGAUCCCUGGCACGAGGCACGAAUGCGCCUGAGCAUCCAGUUCCCCGACAAGCGCCUCUUGCAAUACGACUGCGGCAAGCUGCAAGCGCUCGACCGACUGCUGCGCAAGCUCCAGGCCGGCGGCCACCGGGCGCUCAUCUUCACGCAGAUGACCAAGGUGCUCGACAUCCUCGAGCAGUUCCUCAACAUCCACGGACACAAGUACCUCCGGCUCGACGGCGCGACCAAGGUGGAGCAGCGGCAGAUCCUGACGGACCGGUUCAACCACGACCCGCGCAUCCUGUGCUUCAUCCUGUCGACGCGGUCGGGCGGCCUGGGCAUCAACCUGACGGGCGCCGACACGGUCAUCUUUUACGACCAGGACUGGAACCCGGCCAUGGACAAGCAGUGCCAGGACCGGUGCCACCGCAUCGGGCAGACGCGCGACGUGCACAUCUACCGGCUGGUCAGCGAGCACACGAUCGAGGCCAACAUCCUGCGCAAGGCGUCGCAGAAGCAGAUGCUCGACGACGUGGUGAUCCAGGAGGGCGAGUUCACGACCGACUACUUCAACAAGCUCUCGGUGCGCGAUGUCAUCGGCGACGAGGACGUGGCCGGCGACGCGGGUCUCUUGGGGGAGAGCGACGCGGCGGCCAACGCGGCCAUGGACCGCGUGCUGGGCGGAGUCGAGACGAGCGACGCGCGCACGGCGGGGCGGGCGCUCGAGCAGGCCGAGGACAAGGAGGACGUCACGGCGGCGCGGGCGGCGGAGAAGGAGUUCACGCAGGACGACGCCGACUUUGCGGAGAAGGCGACGCCCGGGGCGACGGGGUCGGGGGUGUCGAGCGUCGUGGGGCAGGGCACGCCGCGCGAGGGGUCGGCCGCGCCGGGUAGAUCUGGGCUCGGGCUGUUUGCCGAGUCUGCUGCUGACGCUGCUGGCGAUAAUGGUGGUGUCCAUGCGGCAGAGGCAGAAGAGCCCGAGUACAAUGCCUGGGGCGGGCGGGUGCGUACCAUCGACGACUACAUGCUCGGCGUCAUGGCGGAGCAGCUGCGGGGCACGCCGCUGGAGCUGCCCAAGGACAAGAAGAAGGGGAAGAGCAAGAGGAAGAGGGACCACCGGAAGCGGUGA